AAGCCAUCAGAUUCAUCAGCAAAUUACUGAUACGAUUGCAGUGCUGUGGAAAGUGCUAAAGAAUAAAAGAAGUUAGAGUGAAUCUUCUGUUAGGGAAUUUUACGGAGCUGCAAUGCUGAAGUAUGCAUACCCUAUUAUGGGCCUGCUGGUGCUCGUGAUAAUUGAAGUUGAAAGUGCCUGUCCUCCAGAAACACAGUGUUUUGGAAAUGGGGACUACAACUCGGCAGCACAGAGUUGUCAUUGUUACUCGAGAAGGCGAACAGGAUUAUAUACAGGAGAAUGCUGCGAAAGCAUAGGCUGUAAGCCAAACGCUACUUGUAAGCAUGGAUAUUGCGGACCUGACGGCCUCACAUGUUCCCGUUGCCAAACGGGAUGGAAUGGAACCUACUGCGAAAAGGUGGAGUCGUGUUUCCCUUGGUUUCCUUGCAAGCAUGGCUCCUGCAUUAAGUCCCGGAUGAAGUGUGAAUGUGAACCAGGCUGGGUGGGUGACCUGUGCGAUCGCUCCUUGUGUAAAGUGAACUGUACUUAUGGCGCAUGUCCAAACGAUCCCAAAAAGUGCGAGUGCUAUGAGAACUUUCUGAGCCCCGAAACAGGUUGUGACAGGUCUUACUGUGCGCAUGGAUGGGAGUGCAAAAACGGAGGCUACUGUAUCGACCUCAAUCACUGUGUCUGCCCACCUCAUUACUCAGGCCUACACUGUGAGACAAUCAGUGAGUGUAGCGUAACUUGUCCACACGGACGGUGUAACCACCGUCCUGACGUCUGCGAAUGUGAGACUAACUGGGGUCCUGAAGGAAAAUGUGACACGUACACCGGACCCUGCUUGAACUGCAGCUCUGUUGGAGGAACGUGUGAAGAGGGGCCUAACACGUGCAAGUGUAAACCAGGAUAUAUGGGUCCACAAUGCGCUGACCUGAUGUGUGACGGGUGUGAUCACGGAUCAUGUAGGCAUACACCGACAAAAAAGCAUUGCACCUGCGACUUUGGUUGGAGCAACCAAGUCCAUGUCCCUGGCUUUGAUCUCCACUACGGACCCUGCAACAUCAUCUCCUAGUGUACAGAACCUUGUGUACACGGCACAUGUCCAAAUGAUCCCUACACAUGCGAAUGCAACCCUCCUUAUGUGGGUACAGAAUGCGAUGUGAUACAGUGCCCAAAGUGUUGUCCUCCACAAACGUGUGACUGCUCCGAUGUAAACAAUAUAAAAUGCCUCCCAAGAUGGCACCAUGACUGCUGCCUGCUUAAGUCAUGUUUCAGGGGAGACACCUUGGUACACACAGCCAAUGGAUUGGUACCGAUUGAAGAAGUGAAAGAAGGAGACAUGGUAGUGACUCGUCACGAGGGCGACGACCCCUCGGCGUCACACUUACGUCGCGUCGACCAAGUUCGAAAGCGACUCGUACCUGCACGUGACCUAGUCGUGUUCCGAAUGAACGACGAAGAUAUUUGGGUCACUCCCGACCACCAGUUCUUCGAAGUCGGAAAUGGAUCGUGGAUAAGUGCCGGAACAGUGAAGUUGACUCAUUCGCUUCACGCCUUGAAAGGAAAAGCGGUAAAACUUCAGCAUCCAGCCGUGACGCCAGCGAAACUGUAUGGAGCAUACGACGACACUGAGCUAAUACCUGUUUAUGAUCUCUCUGUGGAUGAGUAUGAUCGCUAUUCUGUCGGAAAAGAAGGGCUUCUCGCCGCCUCGUGUAACCACUCGGACGAUAUGUUAACCCGAGACAAACAGGUCUGGGGUGAAGCAGCGCAUCCAAAAUUCCUCACCAGAUCUGAGGGAGAAGAGGAAAAGGAAUCCGUCAGUUUGGAGAGUUCAGACGAAGAAAACUUUGAACCAGACAGCUCUGGCUCAGAUCUUUCCAGUCUUGCACCCAUAGUUGGUGUUCUUGCCGCAAUAUGCUUGUUGCUUGCCAUCGUUGCAAUCGCAAAGAUCCACAAAAAGAAACAACAUAGCAACGAGUUAGAGUCCUUGAUAACCUGAACCUUAACGCGUCGGAUUACGUCACGCACAAAAAAUGCAAACUGUAAAGCCUAAAUAUGGCCAAGAAAGAGGUCUCACUGUAGAAAUCCGUUGAAGGAGAGAACAUGCCUCUCAGAAUUAUAUCUACAUUUUAGUGUUUAUGCGCAGAUUCGUCUUUUUGACCUUUGUGAAAUUAGAAAAUUAUUUGUUCUACCCAUACAAGGUCUAGGACGUAUUUUAUCGGGAGUUCUUCUAUCAAAAAUUAGAUAGAUGUAAGGUACGCGUCAAAAUUUGCUCCGUAUGUUGUUCAGUUUCCUGACAAUGUAUCGAUUUUAACAUGAAACUGAUCAAUACGUAAACAAUAAAAUUUAUAGCAAAAUUAAUCGAAGUUGUUUCAAAAUAUUGUUAGUGUAAGACGAAAGGUAGUUCUUAUUGUGUCAGUAAAGUGACAUGUAAACUCUGAGGUUCAGAGACCAACUUGCAA